AUGGACCAUUUGGACGAGAAGUUCCGCCAAAUGCGCCAAGCUCACUAUCAAAUGCAGAUCGCAAGCGGCCUCGGAACGACCUUCGAAGAAGAUCGCGAAGCAAUCGUCAAUGACCUCCACGUUUACUCCACGUGGCUCAACCAGCCACGAGCAGACCUCAUGGCAAUCUCGACAGGACUUACUCGCAUCGCCAAUCAUAUCGGGUGCAUCCUCCUAGAGAAAGGCGUAGCACAAAAUGUGGCAUGUAAGAAUCUUCUCCCCGCGUGCUUCCCGCAGCGAUGCGAACAAAUUUCCACCGAGAUACGUCUUCUCGGAGAGGAGCUAAUGUAUAGUCCGAACCUUGCUGGUAUUAUUUCUCUAGCUCUGGGAGGGCUUAAGUAUCUUGUUGCGACACUCAGCAUUUCCACUGGCCUGAACACUCUAAUGGACUAUGACCCCUAUGCUUCUGGAUUUGAAGAGUACGUGAACAAUUUCCACGCCUGGAUCCAUGAACGAGCCCCCUGCCCAAUCCAAGGUUUCGAAGAGGCGAUUGAGCGUGUUAAGAAGGGGUGGAAUGUAAUACGAUGGGGCCCCGGUGGUUGUGGGUGCUCCCAAUGUGCUAGUCGAUUGCGGCUUCGGUAA